GCGGGGUUUUUAUUUUUCCACGCUACUGGAAACUGGGGUGUUACGUGACAGUUUUCAAAUUGGAUUAGCGCUAAAUUAAGCCUGUGUUGAAUGGUGUCGUGGACUUGCUAGUUAGCUGGAGAGACUCGCCGUUGGUACAUUAACAGCUUUUGUGUAUCACUCCGCGGAGAAGAGGCAGAAGGCUAACAUGGACAGUUACAGCCAGAGGUUUGAAACUUCUACUGUGGGACGAGAAGGUAAACCCCAAAAGAAGAAGGGUCACCACGCUUCCUAUUAUGAUGAUGGAGAACGCAAACCAAAAUUUCAUUUGCCCUUUAGAAACCUCACAGAUGAUGUGCUGGACAGAUUUGCCAGUAUUCGAAUCCCUGGUAGUAAAAAGGAGCGCCCCCCGUUGACGCUUUCUAAGAGCAACACAAGCGAUUGGUCAACGACGUCCUCAACCACUUUGCAUCACUUUGAAGAAGUGUCAUCGAAGAUAACCUCUGAAAAAGAAAUCUUGGCCAUGUUUGAAAAAAUGAUGGAGGACAUGAACUUAAAUGAGGACAAAAAGGCUCCCUUGCGAGAAAAGGAUCUCAACACAAAGCGAGAAAUGGUCAUCCAGUAUAUUUUUGCUGCCUCCAAAACUGGUAACCUUAGAAACAGCCAUCAGAUAUCUCCUCAAGAGUUCCUUUGUGAGCUGAAGUCAGGGGUGAUGGAUGAACGGCUGUUUGCUUGUUUGGAUUCAUUGCGAGUUUCACUAACCAGCAACCCUGUCAGUUGGGUGCAGAGCUUUGGACACGAGGGCCUUGGACUGCUGCUGGAUAUAUUGGAGAGACUGCUUUUCAAGAAGCUGCAAGAGAAAAUUGAUAAGAAGAACCAACAUAAAGUUGUCCAGUGUCUCAAAGCCUUUAUGAACAACAAGUAUGGGUUAGAUCGGAUUCUAGGAGAAGAGAGGAGCCUUGGAUUACUCGCCAGAGCCAUCGAUCCCACCCACUCUGCCAUGAUGACUGACGUGGUAAAGCUGCUGUCAGCCAUCUGCAUUGUAGGCGAAGAGAACACACUAGAAAAGAUUCUUGAGGCCAUCACCACAGCAGGAGAAUGGCGUUCCAUUGAGAGGUUCAGUCCCAUUGUGCAAGGACUGCGAGAUCGCUCAGUUCAGCUGCAGGUGGCAUGCAUGCAGCUCAUCAAUGCCCUCGUAACAUCUCCCGAUGAGCUGGACUUCAGGCUGCACAUUAGAAAUGAAUUUAUGCGCUGUGGCCUCAAAGAAAUAUUGCCGCAACUAGCAACCAUCAGGAACGAGGCCCUUGACAUCCAGCUCAAGGUGUUUGAGGAGCAUAAAGAGGAAGACAUGAUGGAGUUUUCUCAUCGAUUAGAAGACAUCCGGAGUGAACUGGAUGAUGCGGGGGAUGUCUUCGGCAUUGUGCAAAGCAUGGUGAAGGACACCAAUGCAGAGCCCUAUUUCCUUUCUAUCCUGCAGCACCUGGCGCUUAUACGCAAUGACUACUUGGUCAGGCCCCAGUACUUCAAGAUCAUUGAAGAAUGUAUUUCUCAGAUCGUGUUGCACCGUAGUGGGACAGAUCCAGAUUUCAGCUACCGAAAGCGCCUAGAUGUUGAUUUCAGUCACCUCUUGGAGGUGUGCACAGACAAAGCUCGGAUCGAUGAGUUUGAACAAAGAGCAUCAGAAUUGGCACAAAAGUUUGAUGAAGAGUUCCUGAGAAGACAGGAGGCACAAGCUGAGCUGGGGAAGUGUGAGGAAAAAAUAGCAGAACUUCAAACAGAGCUACAGGCCUUCAGGACUCAGGGCGGGCAGCCAUCGUCUUCCUCAACAACUCCAGUUGCUGGAUCGUCUGUGCCAGGUCCUCCUCCACCUCCGCCACCACCUCCACCUCCUCCUCCAUCUGGCUGCCCUCCUGCACCUCCUCCACCUGGCCCGCCACCUCCACUCGGUAUCCCUCCUCCACCUCCGCUUGUGUUUGGGGGUGCCUUUGGUUCCCCGACCCCUGACACGCUGCCUUAUGGCCUCCGGCCGAAAAAGGAGUUCAAGCUUGAGACCUCCAUGAAGCGCCUCAACUGGUCCAAAAUUCGUCCACAGGAGAUGUCUGAAGGCUGUUUCUGGGUGCGAGCUGAUGAAAACCAGUAUUCAAAACCAGAACUGCUCAACAGAGUUGCUGUCACUUUUGGGUCACAAAGAACAGUCAAGAAAGAGGAAGAGGACAUGGAGGACAAGAAAUCCAUAAAGAAGAGAAUCAAGGAGCUGAAGGUGCUUGAUCCCAAGAUUGCUCAAAAUCUGUCUAUUUUCUUGGGUUCCUUCCGAAUGCCUUAUGAAGAAAUUCGACGCAUGAUAGUGGAGGUGGAUGAGGAACAACUCACCGAGCCGAUGAUCCAGAAUCUGGUGAAGCACCUGCCAGAGCAGGAUCAGCUCAAUGCUCUUGCCAAGUACAAAAACGAAUACUCCAGUUUGUCGGAGCCAGAGCAGUUCGGUGUUGUGAUGAGUACGGUGAAGCGGCUGCGCCCCCGCCUAAGCCACAUUCUCUUCAGACUGCAGUUUGAGGAGCAAAUAAACAACCUGCGUCCAGAUAUCUUGGCAGUGAAUGCCGCGUGUGAAGAGGUCAGGAGGAGCUGCUCUUUUGGCCGCUUACUGGAGCUUGUACUGCUGCUGGGGAAUUACAUGAAUGCAGGCUCUCGAAAUGCCCAGUCUUAUGGCUUUGACCUGAGCUCCCUUUGCAAGCUGAAGGACACCAAAUCAGCAGACCAGAAGACAACUUUACUUCACUUCCUGGCACAAAUAUGCGAGGAGGAAUUCCCAGAUGUGAUCAAGUUUGUGGACGACCUGGAGCAUGUGGAUCGAGCCAGUCGAGUGUCUGCAGAGAAUGUGGAAAAGAGCCUUAGGCAGAUGGAGAGGCAGCUGCUGCAGCUGGAGAGAGACCUGGAGACUUUCUCGUCCCCCGAUGACCAGAGCGACAUGUUUUUUGUUAAAAUGGCUAGCUUCAGCAAGGGUGCACGAGAGCAGUACAGCAAGUUGGUGAUCAUGCACAGCAAAAUGGAGACAUCAUAUCAGAACAUCCUGGAAUACUUUGCGGUCGAUCCUAAGAAGACAUCUGUGGAGGAGCUCUUCACUGAUCUCAGCAACUUCCGCUCCAUGUUUACUCAAGCGCUAAAGGAGAACUUUAGACAGAGGGAGUUGGAAGAGAAGCAGAGAAGAGCCCGGGUGGCGAAGGAGAAAGCUGAGCGAGAAAAGCUGGAGAGGCAGCAGAAGAAGAGGAGGUUACUGGAAGUCAACGCAGAGAACGAUGAGACUGGUGUGAUGGACUGUUUGCUGGAAGCCCUGCAGUCUGGAGCCGCUUUCAGGGACCGCAGGAAAAGAGCCCCACGGCCCAGAGAAAACAAGCAGCAGACGAUCAGCCCCAGCUCCUUUCGCCAGGUUCUCAGGCCUGUUAACUAUGAAAACAACAAGCCGCCAAUACAGAGGUCUUGCUCUCGACCGAAUGUAAAUGCCAGCUUGGCAGCGGCGGCAAAAGCAUCAUCGGCUAAGGAGUCCCGUAACGAGUCUGAGGGCCAUCCAUCUGCAGCCAGGUCUCAGGCAUCCUCGUCUUUAGAGUCAGGUCGCAGGAACAGGAACCCUCCAGGUCACAGCUACGGUCUGGAGAGGGAGAGGGUGGUGGAAAGGGAGGUCCUUAAAGGGAGCAAAAAAGAGGUGGAAGCAGAAGCCCUCCAGCCAUCCUCCUCUGCAGUCAGCAGCAUCAACGCCAAUGGAGAACCGGAUGUUGAGGCUCUUCUGGCCAAACUCAGAGCCUUGUAAGAUUUAUUUUCUAUUUCUGACUAAAUAUCUGUAGCAUAAGUAAUGCUUAUUCAUCUUAACAUGCUCUGGAUGUGACCAAAAGACGGUUCCUGUAGUUUUUCUAAAGUGAAAAAGUUAUUUAUAGAAGUGAGUUGUCAGGUAAAAUGGAUAACGGUGGUGACUAAGUUAAAAACAAUAAUUAAACGUAAGGACUUUGACUGAAAUAUUUAAUGGUACUACCAUCAGAAAACUACUAUAAAAUGGAAAAAAAAAAGAUCACUCUAUGACUUACAGUUUCAAACUUCAUCAUAAAAUGUGUUUUUCCUAAGUCUCUGAAUAUCGUUUAUUUACAAAGAUAUCAUCACUGAAAUAAAAUAAUUAUCACAAUUUA